GGAUACCAAUAGAUACUCUAAAUUUUUCUUCUCUUUCUCAUCACUCUUUUAACAUCGGUUUAUUUUGAUCCUUAUUCCGUUUGAAUAAGAUAUUAGAAAGCGAAACAGUAACAUAUAUUUAUAAUUUGUAUUUGUGAUGUGACCUAACACGGCUAGAAAGUAGACAGUUAUAUAGUACAUCUGAAGGAUUACUUUCGUGCGUCUAAUAAACAGUGAUCAACGAUUGGACCGGUUUCUCAAACUUUAUCAAAUAAAUAACACGGCAACAUGAGUUACAGGGAUACGUAUUCACUCUAUCCGAGAACACAUUCCUACAGUGCUGCAAAUGAACAACGAGUAGGAAGCUACUUAAGGACAUUAAUGAGUUAUGGGGCGUCCCCAUCAUCGGUGCUGAAUACAAUUCCAUCUUACCGGUCAAGGGUAUUCACUGAUGUUCCAUACACAGCAACACCGGAUGUCAAUGAAGUUUAUCCUGGGCUUUAUGUUGGAGACGCAGUUGCUGCCAAAGAUAAAGCAUUUUUAAAGAGAAUGGGUAUCAACUAUGUCUUGAAUACAGCAGAGGGCAAACGCUAUACACAAGUUGACACAGAUCACUUGUAUUAUCGUGAUUGUCCGGGACUCCGGUACAAGGGGUUCCAGCUUAUGGAUCUUCCAACAACAGAUAUAUCUAAAUACUUCCAUAUUGCUGCUAAUUUCAUUGAUGAAGGCAUUUCAAGGGGUGGUAAAGUACUGGUUCAUUGUUUAAUGGGAGUAUCACGUUCGGCGACUUGUGCUCUCGCUUUUCUGAUGAUAAAACGUGGGAUGUCUUUCACUGAGGCUCUAGCUUUAGUCCGCUCUCGACGAGACAUCCACCCCAAUGAUGGAUUCCUUCGCCAGCUGCAGCAGCUGGACAAGGAGCUGCGGGUGUCUCGGAUUCGCUGACAGUUAAAUUCUUACCAACCCUUCAGUAUGCCUUACGAUUAUAGAGAGCGGCGACAUCGCGUCCGCAGUCUUGAUCGAGCUUACACCAAUCCGUAUUUAGAGUAAACAGCCAGAUAUAUUACUGAAGGGUUAUAAAAUAUAUUUUCCGAUAAUCUAAAGCGAACAUAAACAGGUAAAUAAAAACUCUAUUUGAAAGUUUUAUUUUUUAAAACAUUUUCUUCUUUGGAUAGUUUAAAACACAUGUUUGGAUAUAGGGUAUAAACUUGAUUGCUAGAAGUUUUAAUAAAAUUGGAAUUUGCAAUUUUUUUGUAUGAAUGUUAAGAACAUCGAAUAUAUUAAUCACUUGUUAAAAUAUUGUUUCUCCUGUGCCAUUUGAAUAGGUGUUAGAUUUUUAAAAUCUCACUAACAUUAGAAAGAUUAAGAAAACAACUAAGUGUAACAGAUUAAUUUAUGUAUUGUUAAAAAUAAGUGUUUGGAUUUACCAGUACAAUUCUAUAGCCUUACCACAAGUCAUAAGAUGACGCUAUAUUCUUGCUAUUUAGACAUAAUUAUUGUAAGUUAAACAUAGAUUUCACUUCAAAUAUAUAAAGUUGUUACUCUGCACCUACACAUUCAUAUAACUAUAAAUAGAUAUUUUCUUGUAUAAAUGUAGAAAUUAGUUUUAAAAUAAAUUUCGGGUGACAUGCUGUGAUCUUGGAUUUUUAAGCUUGUUUCUUUGUGAGGGCUGCUUUUUUUGCCAGUCAUAGGUUUUCUUGAUUAAGAAACACAAGUCAAGUUGGUGGUAUCAAA